GCUUUUAAAGUCCAAGAGUUCCUCUGUAGUCCACAAAAACCAUCACUGAAAACCAAGAAACAUGGGACCGAGCUCUGGUUAUUACACAACUUCAGUUCUGCAAUUCUUCGCCAUUGUUUCUUGUCUUCUGGUUCUAUCCUUUUCGGGAUCCGCCACUGCGUACAAGAACUACACGGUCGGUGGUUCCCUUGGCUGGUUCGACGCCCUUGAAAAGCCUGAUGUCGAUUACCAGAAAUGGGCCGAUUCCAAGAACUUCAGCUUGGGAGAUUUCCUUAUCUUCAAUACGGAUAACAACCAUUCAAUAAUCCAAACAUACAAUUUAACCACGUACAAGCUCUGCGAUUACAAUGACGCUCUUCAAAACGACACGAUCCAAUGGUCGGCGGCGGAUCCGUCGUCCACGGCGCCUCAUCCCAUCUCAGUAGCGGUCCCUCUACUGAAAGAAGGGAUGACCUAUUUCUUCUCCGGUGAUUACGACGGCGAGCAAUGUAACAAUGGUCAGCGCUUCAAGGUAAACGUGACCCACGGCCAAGGGUUGCCCAAGAGCUUACAAGAUCCGCCGGAUGAUGCUCCGGCACCCAACAGUCCAGAUUUUGGGAGCGAUGAUUCCGCCCCUGAAACCAUCGUGCCCGCGAACUUCAAUCACCCCAUUGAAGAGGACAGUGAUAAGGAUGAAGCUUCUGGUUCUGGAUCGAUUUCUUUUGGCGGCAAAUUCAAUGGGUUCUUAAUGUUGUUACAAAUUGUUUGCAUAUUCUUGAAAUUUUGAUGUUUUUUUUUUUUUUAUUUUCUUCUUUUAUCCCUUAUACGAUUUUAGUAGCGAUAUGAGCGUUUAGGAUUGGUAUAUUUGGUUUUUGUAAGAUGAAAUACAAUACAAUAAUUUAUAUCAUAUAUAAUUUUAGCUCUUAAUAAUUUUUUUAGAAUCA